UUUCUUCUGGUUGUUGUUGCCGUGCCAAGCUCUGUUGCUGGAUGCGAGGGAGGCUGUCUUUAGAAAGGGUUCCUAAGAUAUCGAUUGUUGUGUGUUUGCAACUUGUCAAAAAAGGACACGGUAUAGUGGGACUCACUCCAACUGAAAUCGUGAAGAGAGGAAAGAGGGAUCCUUGUUCGCACUGGCAGUUCUCUCUUUGAUGCCUUCAUAAUAAUUCGGUGGCACUUCUUUCUUGUCAUUUUCUGUGUUGCAUUUUGUCCUUUCGUGGAUACAUUACGAUACGGUAGACCAUGAACGAUCCACUGCUGCCAUCGGCAUCUGCCACUAAUGGACGUGAUGAGUUCCCCCCGCCACCAACAAGCUCCAGCAGUCGCAAUCUCAUGCAAGACGAGACCAUGGUGGCACGUACUAGUAUGACAUCGUCUUCCAGUUCUUCUGCUCCAGCGCUGGAACAAUCCGCGGGAUUGUCGUCGUCUCCUGACGACGAACUUCAAAAUAACAACUCCAUCAAGACUCUACGCCACAGCAAUCGAUCUCUGACCACAGGUUCCUACAGCUUUGACAAUGUUGUCAAUGCUUCCACUUCUGCUGCUGACGACGACCAAGUCCAACGAGUCCAUCUCAACGUGAACAAUACGUACGAUGAUUCCUUUUUUGAACCUGCCGAUGAAGAAGUUGUAUUCAUCAGUAGUUCCAGUAGUACUACCACAGAGGAACUGGAAGAAUUGAGUAAUGAACUAGAAGAUGAAGAAGAAUACAUUGUCCAAGACGGACACCAGGACCUUCAAGACGAACACAGUCAAGACAAUGACGGAUUCGACGACGAUGAUGAUGGGGAAGACCAUGAUGAACUCAAUGUUGCAUUCCAUCACGAUGAUGAAGACCACGACAGACUUCUUGAUGCCAAAGAACCACCACAACAACAAUCAGAGGACAACAAUGGCGAUGACGACGAGCUGGAGUCGUACAACCAAGCUCUCCAAGCGGACAAUGCCAGUAAGGAAAUGAGGAUGGAAGAUCACUCCGAGACGGAGAACGAGGAAGACGCCAAUCAAAUGAUAGAAACCAUACAAAACACACUCAACCAACAACAGCAACAUCAGCAAACUGGAACUCGCGAUUCUGCCGUCUUUACCACGGAAGAUGACUAUGAAGAACGAGAAGAACCUCCUCGCUCCGUGGCAUCCUCACAGCAGGAAGAAGAAGACGACAAUUCACAAGCAUCGCCCAUGGAACAUGACGACGACGACGACCGAUUGGAAUAUCCCAAUGUGUCCUACCAACAAACCGUGGGACAACUCGUCCUGGCAGAUCAUGGGUUGCUCUUUUUCCAAUGGGAAGAAACCAAACUCUCCAUUCCAUGGGAUCAAAUUGCCAAACGUCAAGUUUCGCCCCCCAACUUUCAUAUUCCCAUGUUGCGCGUCAAAACCACCGACGAUGAGAACUACAUGUUCCGAUUGCCCGAUGCACAAAUGGCCGAAACCUUGCGAGAAGAUUUGAAAUUGUUUCCAAACUAUAAUCGACGGAGAAGUAGUAGUGUCGCACAGUCACAACAGUCACAACAACAGCAACGAGAAGCACCACAACCACUUCAUUAUGAUUAUUAUGAUGAUGAUGACGAUGAGACGGAAGAGUCUUCCUCGGAAAUACCCACCACGACACAUACCGCUCCCGCUGGUCCGAGUGUUCAUUCAUUUUACCAUGAUGCGGAAGAUAUAUCUUCGCUCCACCCACCAGACGAAACAGUACCGUUGCAAACAGGAAGGAGACGUGCCGAUGUGUAUGGCAAUUCUUUUCACUCCGACGACCAUUCCGACGAGGAUACAUUUGAGGAUGACAACGACGUGGAAACGGCUCGAAAAUCGGCACGCCGAGAACUGGAAAGAGAACAUAGCAAACGGUUGGAUCAACAACAACGAGACGAUCGACCAUUUUGGGGAGGAAUCUUCUUUGCCUGUUGUUGGAGCGCGGUCAUCUUUUUGGCGGUGGGCGUGGUGGGUGGGUACUUUUGGGGCAAAAGCCAAGGCGGUGAGAGUGAUAUUAGUAUGACGAAUGCACCCGUGGUAUCACCGGUACCCAUUCUGGCGCCCGUGACCUUGCCACCCAGUCCAGCUCCCGUAGUAGUAGUAGAACAACCUAUCAAGCUGCCGUGGGAACCUGAUGUCGUGGAAGUGCCUGUGACACCGUCACCAUCCAGCACAGUCAGCACACUGGCGCCCACCAAACGGGGACUUCCACCCAAAGAAACCAGCCAACCAACCGCAGUACCCACAACGCUGUUGACACCGACCACCGAUGCUGCCCCCACGACACUGGUUCCGACAAAACGCGGACUUCCACCGAGAGAAACCAAUCAACCGACAUCCUUUCCAACGGCAGAGUCUGCACCCGUCUCGUUGGCUCCGACGAAACGUGGACUGCCUCCGAGGGAAACAGACCCACCAACAGUCGGGCCGACCACGGCGGCCGACAAUUUCACACCUACAAUUUCCAAUAGUGAGGAAUCCACUCCCGAGCCAACGACGACGACAUCCGAUGCUGGAGCGUCCACUACCCCGGGCCCAACGGCGGCAGAAACAGGUCAGCCAAGUGUCAAUAAUAAUGAUGCAGAAGGGACAAUGCAACCAACCCUGACAUCGGAGAAUACACAGAUGCCACAACCCACCGCUGGAACGCCGGAACCAUCAGGCACAGAGACUCUUGCACCAACGCUGGCUACCAACGAUACACUCGUACCCACAGCAGCGUUGGAUGUCGGAACUCCAACAGUUGCCAAUGACCAAACGCUUCAACCCUCUGUCGCCGCCUCCACAAACUCUCCUACGACCAGUGACACCACCGCCGCCACGACAGAGUUGCCGACUGCCUCCUCUCCGGUGUUGGACACUUUGAGAGGGGCUUCCUCGGACGGCGGCGCAGCGAUGGAUACCCCUGGCACUCCUCAGAAUCUUGCGUCGCAGUGGUUGCUAAACGAAGAUACCUUAGCAGCAGGGCUGCCACAAGCAAAGCAGCUCCAGCGCUAUGGUUUAGCGACUCUAUUUUACAGUACUGGAGGCGAUGCUGCAUGGGACGCACCGCAACAACGACAAGCCACCAGUAGUACCAACUCUUGGUUGAAUGUGGAUUCGGACGACUGUACCUGGAGUUAUAUUGUAUGUGAUAGCAACUUGGAGAUUGUGGCAUUGGAAUUUCUUCCUCCGGCGCCUACCUUGGUCGGUUCUAUACCACCAGAGAUUGGACUCCUGACGUCGUUGACCCAGUUUGUCAUUGGUACUGGGGAUGCGGAACAAUCUGCGACGGCACGACGAGCAGUGCAACUCCACAAGGCACAAAUGGAAAGCCGGGUUGGAGUCGUACUCAAACAAUCGAACGGCGCCGAAUCCGUCAACGCGGGAAUGCUAUCGGGGCCUGUUCCCUCGGAAAUUGGCAACCUCAAGUUGUUAGAAUCAUUUCAGGUUGCGAAUCAGGCUAUCUCGUCGACACUUCCAAACCAAGUCGGUGACAUGUCAUCACUGGUGACGCUUGACCUGAGCAAUAACCAAAUUUCGGGAACAAUCCCUGUGACGACAGGAACACUUGGGCAACUGAAAGAGCUCCGACUGGGAUACAAUAUGCUAGAGGGUGGUCUGGAGAGUGGUUUAUUCAACGAACCAGGUGGGCUGCUGACCAGCCUGACCGGACUAUUCCUGAAUAACAAUAUGAUUGUUGGAACUCUGACCACCUACUUGGGGUUGCUGACCAAUAUUGAAACGGGCCUGCAGCUGCAAGCAAACGCCUUGGAAGGAACCCUUCCAACCGAGCUUGCCCAAUUGACGGAGAUCAAAGUAUUUCGGGUGGAUUCAAAUAAGUUGAGCGGUCAGAUACCAAGCGAUUUGCGAGCAUGGUCGCAAAUCGAGGAGUUUCAAGUGCAGGACAAUUUGUUUUCUGGUGACAUGCCAAGGGAAAUAUGUAGAGCUUUCUCCGUCAUUGGGACCAAUGCCUACGCCAACUGCGACGAGCUGUCUUGUACAUGUUGCAAAUUCUGCUGCAGCAAUGGGGAAUGCGCAGAAUCCUAAUGGAGAUUGCAUGCACGAUGUGAACAUCACUAACUAAUGAAAUGAGCGGCUGCAGUGGGCAUGGGAAUCUCGGUCUGCUCUCCUGCGCAUGGAUGGGACCAUGAUAAGCACACUAGAUACGGGUAGAAUAGAAGCUACAACAGGAAGCGUGACGGUUUGUUUGAUAGCAAACCGACGAUAAAGGAACGACUUUUGAGAUCUUGCCAUGAAGUUUGGCUGCUGCCUCCACUUGUAUCCCUAACGAGACAAGUGGCUACCGGUAUGCUGGUACAUGGAGCAACCAGGAUCAUAUUAUUAUGAUGGCAACUCGUACUGCUGUGCAUUACUAGAGCGGAUACGUGAUCGGCAUGCUGCCAUCAUACACAUGUAGUACUGCCGUUGCGACAUGGCACGCUACUUCCGGAACAAACACCGUCCGAGCCCGAUCCUGCAUUGGCAACGCAAUUGGCACCUUCCUUCCGUCGAGAACGGGGCAAUGGUGCAGCCAAGCGUCAUUUUUUAUUGACGAGGCGGUGAUGUGUCAGUUGCUAGAUCUGGUACAGGGAUGGUUGUGACGGGUUGGAAUUAGGAGGGGUGGUGAUCGCCCCUCCUGAAACAUUGUGAUGAACCCCGAGAGAGCUCUCUCUUGCACUGAUCCACCACUCCUGCUUUUUCUGAGUCCCAGUUAUGAUGGGCAGGGGUUUGGUUUGAUACACCCAUUGAUCCAUACUAUACAUAAUGCAGUCUAUUACAUAAAACAAUGAGUAAUGAGCUAAACAAUGA